AUGAGCGCUAUAAGGCCAUUUAUUUCUCGUUUGUCUACCUUUCUUCGCAAGAAACCGUUUCCCAUGCCUUCUCCCGGGUCACCUUUACCGCCUGGCAUACUCGUUGAUGAAGAGAUCUCUCCAGUAUACGAUUCCAAGUAUUUCUACCCAGCGAAGCCUGGAGAGAUAUUCGCCGAUCGUUACCAAACCCUGGUCAAGGUUGGCUGGGGUGUGUCUUCAACAGUAUGGCUCGCGCUAUACAGGCAUAUCAAAGGGUCAGAGCUCGUCUUGGCACUGAAAAUCAUUAAUAACAAUGCAAGUUCCGCUGAUCAUGAGCGCAAGGUUGAAGAGUACAUUUCCACAGCAAACCCAUCACAUCGCGGCCGUUCACUUAUUAGGACUUUACUAGACUCGUUUAAAGUCAAAGGUCCAGAAGGUUCUUAUUCGUGUCUUCGGCGCUUUGACGAUAAAAAGUUGCCACUGCCCCUUAUUAAAACAUACAUUCGUGCUCUUCUUACGGGGCUUGAAUAUCUUCACAAAGAAUGUAGGAUAGUUCAUGCAGAUCUAAAGCUUGAAAAUAUCAUGAUUCUCAACUUGAAAAAACCGAUGGCUUUCAAAAUUGAUUCGACGGGACGACCAGUGUAUCAGUCCCGUAAUGACUUUGGGCCUCUCAAAAGCCUGAGAAGUAUACCACAGCUUGUCGACUUUGGCUUGGCAACCAGACUUGAGAAAGACGAUGACUGGGGCGUGUGGCCUAUUCAGCCAGAUUACUAUCGGGCGCCAGAGGUAGUACUAGGUAAUGGAUGGCAAAUGCCUGCGGAUGUUUGGAACUUUGGUGUUCUGCUGUGGGAUAUGAUCGAAGGCAAAGAACUAUUUCGGCAUAUCUAUAAUCGACAAGGUCACUACGAUGCUAAAAUACACAUCGCCGAAAUGAUAGCCUUACUUGGUCCACCUCCCCCUGAUGUCAUAGAAAGGUAUCAAUAUAUGCGAGAGUACUCGUGGCCCGAAUCUGUUAAACGAGAAGACGGCAGAGUAUGCGAGACCGCGGAGGAGUACUUUUGCGGGCCAUUCUUUGACAAUAAUGGUCACUUUCUCUACGAAAAUAUGAUCCCCGACCGGAAACUAGGCGACACAGUUUCCUUCCUUGAGGGAGAGGAGAGGGAAGCAUUUCUGGAUCUCGUCAAGGGAAUGCUUGUCUGGCAUCCAGAUGCGAGGAAAACGGCAGGUGAACUGGUGAAGCAUCCUUUUCUUCAACCAAAGCAAACAAGCGCCUGAUUUCUGCGAGAGUUUGCUAGCGGAAUGAGUCGGAAUCGUGGUUGAUCCCAGUUUGGCGGUGCCAUCAUGACCGGUGGAGGCGUAAACGUAAUUGUUUUUGAAUGACAUCUAAUAUUGUCAUCUUAUCUGCUUUGAUCGGAAAGUAAUAGCAUUAUACCUUAAAAUUGGAUCCAAGACAUCAAUCACACUUUCAUCAGGGUCAUGGUUCUAAACGCUUUUGUGACUCAAAUGAACAUAACUUGCUGCUGAAGGGAGAUUCGAAUAUUAUGUUACUAAAGAGCUCUUUCAAUGCAAGUCGUCGAACUAAUUCGGUCUGUGGGAAGUUCAAAGAGGUGAAGCGGAACAAUAAACUUCCGAAUGCUCAAUAUCGUGACUUGAAGCUAUUCCAAAGUCAACAAGUAUUACGUCUGACGAGUUUCUCCUCUCAUUACCCUUCUAGUCUUGUUGUUUGACUGCCGGGAAAGCCAUAGUAAAUCCGAAAAGAAGUAGGAUAUCAACUACAAUAUGGCUUAAGAUGGUUGGCUUCUUGUUGGGCGAGACUAGCUUACCAAUUUUCCGCACCCUGAUCGAUAAUGUACACAUAAUCUAGUUCGAAUGAAUUGGACUGGGGAAAGGAACCAACUCCCACUUCUCAAGAAGAUCCGGAUCGUCACACAGUUGUUCGAUCAUUCGGAAAGUAGAUUCAUCAUGAGGAGAGCUUGUC